CCACCGUUUUUGGCCCACUAGUGUCUUGUCGCGUCUGCAUUACAAGACAAGGAAAGAGGUGUUGUAAAAGCGAACCGUGACCACUACAGGGAUAAGGAGCAGUACAUCAGUGGAGAGAGAUGGCGGAGUGCGGGCGGAAGGCGCUGUCUCUCCUGGAAGCGGCCCGCUCCCGGUACGAGAGCCUGCAGAUAUCCGACGACGUUUUUGGCGAGUCCGGGGACGACAGCAGCGACAACCUCUUCUACAGCACGUCGGGCGAGUCGGACUCAGACCACUACAUCGCGGAGGCAGGCGAGGAGGAGCAGCCGCACCAGCAGAACCAGCAUCCGCAGAGACGGGCUGAGAAAGAGAGUGGACACAGUGGUCCUCCAGGUUCACUGUCCCAAAGUCAGGCUGAAGAGGAGGGCUGGACCGAAGAGCUGCAGGAUGUCACCGUGCCGCCGUACAAAGAGACAUAUGGCCCUGCUCAGAAAAUGCCAGACAGUGCUUCUGUCUUGGACUUCUUUCAGCUUUUUGUACCAGACAAUUGCAUUCAGAACAUGGUCACCCAGACUAAUAUGUACGCCAAGAAGUUCCAGGAGCGGUUUGGCUCGGAUGAGGGCUGGCGUCCAGUCACUGCCCAGGAGAUGAAGGCAUUCCUGGGCUUUGUCAUCUCCACCAGUGUGCACAGGUGUGAGUCUGUGCUGAGCAUCUGGAGCUCGGGGUUCUUCAGCAAUCGCAGCAUCGCACUAAAGAUGAGCCAGUCACGCUUCGAGAAAAUCUUAAAAUACUUUCACAUCGUGGCUUUCCGACCGUCUCAGGGGAGUAACCAGGGACUGUACAAGAUCCAGCCCUUCUUGGACUCACUGCAGCAGUCGUUCAGCUGCACCUUCAGGCCCUCACAGACACAGGUUCUCCAUGAGCCUUUAAUAGACGAGGACCCAGUAUUCAUCACCACCUGCACCGAGCGAGAGCUGAGGAAGAGAAAGAAGAGGAAGUUCAGUCUGUGGGUUAGACAGUGCACCUCCACCGGCUUCAUUUGUCAGAUCUCUGUGCACUUGAAGGAGGGACAGGGCACAGAUGCUUUGUCCGCUCUGAAGAACAAGCCUCAGCUCCACAGCCUGGUGGCCAAACAGCUCUGCCAAAACAUCUCUGGAAAGAACACUAUCAUCUUCACCGGACCAUCCAUCACCAACCUCAGCCUCUUCACUGAAUUCAGCAAACAAGAUAUAUUUUGCUGUGGACUUCUGAGCACCAGGAAGAGUGACUGUACAGGCCUGCCCCAGAGCAUGCUGGUCUGUACCUCUACCAGUCCCCAGCGCGGACAGUCCCGGGUCAUGAUGAAGGGGGGCAUGUCUCUGAUCAGCUGGUAUAACAAAGGACACUUCAGAUUCCUCACUAAUGCCUACUCGCCUACUAAACAAGGAAUGAUCAUCAAGAGAAAAAGUGGGGAGAUCCCGUGUCCGCUCGCUGUAGAAGCGUUUGCAGCUCACCUCAGCUACAUCUGCAAAUAUGACGACAAGUACAGCAAAUACUUCAUCUUCCAUAAGCCUAAUAAAACAUGGCAGCAGGUGUUCUGGCUCAGCAUCAGCAUCGCCAUCAAUAACGCAUACAUCCUCUACAAGAUGUCCGACGCCUACUCCGCCAAACGGUACAGUCGAGCGCAGUUUGGAGAGAGACUGGUCCGAGAGCUGCUGGAUUUAGAUGACUGCUCCCCCACGCAGUGA